AACAUAAUUACGAAUUGUCCGCAGAUAUCGUUUAUUUAAAAUGUAGAUAAUUUGACAGGCAGGCAGUCCGCAGUCGGCAGUCGGCCUGCGUCUAUGACACCAUGAAGUCGUUGCAUGUGGCACUCAUUGUUGUACUCACUAUCGCCUUAUUGGGCGCUAUUGGAGGUUUGAUAGCAUGGGGAGUGAUAGCUACGCAGAAAUGUUUACCAGAGACUCCUCAGUUGAGGAACAUGGAUUGGUGGGAACAUUGCGCCUUGUACCAGAUCUACCCAAGGUCUUUCAAGGACAGUGAUGCAGACGGCGUCGGAGAUUUGGAAGGUAUAAUGCAAGAGCUGGAACACUUCGUGGAUGCUGGAGUGGACGCUAUUUGGAUGUCUCCUAUCUUCAAGUCCCCUAUGGUGGACUUUGGGUACGACAUCAGCAACUUCUACGAAAUCCAUGAAGACUACGGGACCAUGGAACAGUUUGAUGAGCUCCUGAAGAGGGCUCAUGAACUUGGAAUAAAAUUGCUAUUGGACUUCGUGCCGAACCACGCGAGCAAUGAAUCGAUGUACUUCAUAGAGUCAGAGAAGAGGAAUCCAAAAUACGAGGACUUCUUCAUCUGGGAUGAUGGUAUCCCUGACCCUGCAAAUCCAAAUGGCAGGCCGCUCCCCCCUUCAAAUUGGGUGAGUCAAUUCGGCGGGUCCGCGUGGGAAUGGAGCGACAAGAGAAAACAGUACUACCUCCACCAGUUUGCCAUCCAACAGGCAGACUUCAACUUCAGAAACCCAGCCGUUAAACAGGAAAUGUUCGAUAUUAUGACAUUCUGGUUGGACAGAGGCGUUGACGGCUUUAGAGUAGACGCUCUGCCAUAUCUGAUUGAAGCAGAUCCAGCUGACCAUGGCGGAAGAUACCCUGAUGAUCCUCUCAGUGGACUGGCGGAGUUCGAAUCACACCAGCUUGGCUACACAAUCCCGCUAUACACCAAAGACUUAAUAGAAUUGUACGACGUCGUGUACGAAUGGAGAGAAUUUAUCGAUAACUACAAUAAGGAGCACGGAGGAGACACCAGAGUUUUGUUCUCGGAAGGAUACGCGAACAUAACCAUGACUAUGUUGUACUAUGGAAAUGAGGAAGGAAAGAUAGGUGCCCACUUCCCAUUCAAUUUCGACUUCAUCACCGACGUGUCUGCUAAGUCUAAUGCGAGGGACUUUGUCUACACCAUACUGAAGUGGCUCACCUACAUGCCUUACAGAGCAGUAGCUAACUGGCAGUUUGGCAACCACGACAACAACAGAAUGCCGACGCGGUUCCGUCACGACAUGGUGGACGGUCUCAACUCUCUGAACAUGAUGCUGCCCGGCACCUCCGUCACCUACCAGGGCGAGGAGAUUGGCAUGAGAGACGGCUACGUUUCCUGGGAAGAUACAGUGGACGUGGAGGCUUGCAACCGAGGAGACGAAGAUACCUACCACUUGUACUCCAGAGACCCUGCCAGGACUCCCUACCAUUGGAACGAUGGUCAUAAGGCUGGUUUCACAACAGGUGACACAACGUGGCUUCCAAUUGCUGAAGACUAUCAAGAAAUUAAUCUGGCCAAACAGAAGGAGGAUGCAAAGAGUCAUUACAAGGUGUACCAAAGGUUGACGGCCUUACGAAAGGAGAAGACUCUUUCCCACGGCGAGUACGACAUCAGGGCACUGUCUGACAGCUCGUUCUACUUGGUCCGCUACCUGAGCACCUACGACACGCUGGUGUUGCUGUUCAAUGUGGGCACCACUCAAGACACCCUCGACUUAAACAGGGUACCAUACCUCAGAAGACCAGCCACCGUCUACGUCUCUAGCAUACAUUCCAGCAGGGAUAUUGGAACUGUCAUCGAUGCAAGCGAGCUGACCCUGGCUCCUGGAGAAGCUCUGAUCCUGCGGUCACCGUCCGCUUGAGACACAUUCGUAUAAUAUUUAUUGUUUAGCACACCGAUGUACAAAAGACUAUUUAUUUAUAAGUUUUGUCAAGUAAAUUAUGUUAGUAAAAAUGUUAAUUGGAA